AUGGCAGACACACAGGCGUCAAACGGUCUCAAGCGGCCUUAUCCUCAAAACGGUGACCAGCAAGAUGACCAGAAGAGGGUCAAAUCCAACCAUGGCUCACCUGCGUCAACAGCGAAUGGCAUUUCUACGGGAAAGAUGGAUGUCACGAAGGCGAUUGCGGAGGCCAGGGCGAGGGCCGCCGCUGCGGCAGAAAGACUCAAAGCCUCAAAGAUUGGAGCACCACAAUCGCCAUCUCCUAGGCCGCCGGCGGAUUCAAAUCGUCCAAUGUCAAAGCUAGAAGAGAUGAGAGCCAGAGUCGCUGCUCUGACAGGGAAAAGCACAGCAGCCGCAGCGGCGAACAACACCCAGCCAUACCAGUCAGCAGCCAACGACGAUGGCUUGUCGAGAGCGAGAGGUGGUCUGAGUGCUGCACUACACCCUAGACUGCUGGACUCUGGUAAGGAUGCCGGCUCAAAGAGUGCUCUGCAAACGAAAUUCUCUUCCACCAGUGGAAAGAAAGGGGCAAAGCAAGCUCAGGCGAAAGGCAAAAAGCAACUCGAUCUUUCAGGGCCAAAUCUAGACGAAUUUCAGCAUCAAAACCCUUACUUUGACCCUUCUUUAGGCGGCCAAACAGCGACAAUGAGGAGUCGAGUCCCGAAGCAACUCAAAUUCAAUGAGAAAGGAAAAUAUAUCGCGCAAGCGGCCUCGAUACGCAGACUAGAAGCAUUAGAGGCUAUGCGAAAACGCAUCGCGGCAUCUUCGAAAAAGGCUUUAAUUGAGGACGAUGUGGCAGAGAAGAAAUUCAUCAUUGAGGCGCCUCCAGGAAUAGAGUGGUGGGAUGAGGGGCUCGUUACCCAUCCUGACAAAGGCUACUCUGAGGUAGACUCCCCUAAUGGCCUUAAACUAGAAACAGACGACAGUCUCAUCACUCGUUUAAUUCAACACCCUGCUCUGAUCCAACCACCAGGAGACCGUCUCAUUCCUGCACCGAAACCCAUGUUUCUCACCACACAAGAACAAAAGAAGAUUCGUCGCCAGCGACGCAUGGCUGACCUGAAGGAAACACAAGCCAAAGUACGCCUAGGACUUAUCGAGCCACCCCCCGACAAAGUCAAGCUUGGCAACUUAAUGCGCGUCCUAGGCGAGGAGGCUGUAAAGGACCCAACUGCCGUAGAAGCCCGCGUGAAUAAGGAGAUUGCCGAGCGAGCUCAAAAGCAUCUGCAAAUCAACGAAGAUCGCAAGCUCACAAGAGAGGAGAAGCACGAGAAGCUUGAACAGAAGAAAGCUGGAGACGCAGCCAAGGGCAUCUACGUGAGCGUCUACAAGAUAGAUUCUUUAGCGAACGGACGGCAUAGAUACAAGAUUACGAAGAAUUGCGAACAGCUUGGAGGUACGGGAGUAUGCCUUCUCAGCCCAAAAUUCUGUCUUGUCAUCAUCGAAUUUGGGGAGCAUGGGAACGCGCAGUAUAAGAAAUUAAUGCUGAAUCGGAUUGACUGGAAGGAGAAUUCGCCGAGUCCGGUCAGGGAAGGGAACAAAACUGCUCAGGCUGCAUUUCUAGCAGCUGAGGAUGAAAAGACGGGUGUUUUGAAAGACUUGUCACUGAAUAAAUGCCAGCUGCUUUUCGAGGGCCAGGAGAAGGAUAGGGUAUUCCGCAAGUGGGGCACAAGGACCUGUGAGACCGAUAAGGAGGCUAUGGAGACGCUUCAAAGAACGAGAAUGGAGACAUUCUGGACGAUGGCUAAGAGCACGACUUGA